AUGUCACUGCUGUGUGUCGGAGUGAAGAAAGCCAAACUUGAUGGACCCCAAGAGAAGUUCAACACGUACGUGACACUGAAGGUGCAGAAUGUCAAGAGCACCACUAUUGCUGUACGGGGCAGUCAGCCCAGCUGGGAACAGGACUUCAUGUUUGAGAUUAACAGAUUGGACCUAGGUUUAACGGUGGAGGUGUGGAAUAAAGGUUUGAUUUGGGACACCAUGGUUGGCACUGUUUGGAUCCCAUUGCAGAAUAUUCGCCAGUCUAAUGAGGAGGGCCCAGGGGAGUGGCUUACCCUGGACUCUCAGGUUAUCAUGGCAGAUAAUGAAAUCUGUGGAACCAAAGAUCCUACAUUCCACCGGGUUCUCCUGGACACGCGCUUUGAACUGCCACUAGAUAUCCCAGAGGAGGAAGCUCGCUAUUGGGCCAAAAAACUGGAGCAGCUCAACGCUAUGCGGGACCAGGAUUACACGUAUCAGGAAGAGCAGGAGCGUCCUCUGCCUGUCCCUGGAACUCAGUGCUGUAACUGGAGUCUUUGGGGAGAUCAGCAAAAUGAUGAUCCAGACAGUGCGGUGGAUGACCGGGACAGUGACUAUCGCAGUGAGACCAGUAACAGCAUCCCACCACCCUUCUACACCACAUCUCAGCCCAAUGCCUCCGUCCACCAGUAUCCCAUGAGUCAUCAGCACCGGGGCUCCCGCGGCUCCUACACGCGGUCCAUCAACAGCUAUGACCUCGACUAUGACAACCAGAGAGUCAUCAGUCCCACAGGGAGCUAUGCAUCCUCGGCGGAGCUGAGUCGCUGCAGUUCUCAGCUGAGUGUGGAGUAUGGAGAGAGGGAGCUGUAUGAUGAAAACGACUCCUAUCAUUCCUGUCACUCCUCUGUCAGCUAUAGCAAGGGAUCUCCCGACUGGGACGAGACCCAAGGAGCGUACAGUGACGAGGCUGGAUAUAGCCGGGAUGGUGGAGAGGAAGGAGCACUCUACGAGGAGGAAGAUGGCGACCUGUAUGCUGAGGAGCCUGAGGACUUGUAUGAGGGAGAGGAGGAUCUGAUCUAUGAAGAUGAAGAUCUGUACCCUCUGGAUGGAACGCUGAGUGAGGACCAGGAGACCCCAUAUACACCUACUCCAACCAGCACAGCUCCAACUCUGGGCGCAUCCACCUCCAGACCUCCGCUGGAGAAACAGCCCUCGUUACAUCAGCAGCAACAGCAGCAGCAGCAGCAGCAGCAGACACCACAGUCACAGAAUACAUCUCAACAGUCCAUCCAACCACCCACUCAACCACCCAGUCAGUCACAAACUCAGCCACAAAUCCAGCCACCAACAAAACCACCUACCCAGCAACCUCCAAAUCAGCAGCCCCCGCGACAACCCCCACCCCCUCAGCAAUCGUCAGGUCCGAUUCCCUCUGUCCAGUCUUUCUUUGCUAUGGCCAAGCCACUAACUGCUGUGUUUGGUUUGGGCUCCUCUGCACCUCCUCAGCCUCCUGCACCAACACCACAUCCUCAGCCUCAGCCUUCAGCCCAAGCCCCAGUGCCUCCACCCCAGGUCCUAAAUGCCCAACCUCCGCCCCCUACAGAUCAGUCAACACCUGCUCCAACACCAGUGCCAAGCAAACCAACAGAGCCCCCUUCUCAAGCUCCUACGACCACUCCCCAACCUCCAGAUUCCUCACCAAAACAUCCCACCCCAACACAAGAAUCUCUGGCCAUGGAGGAACUUUUGAAAAUGGAAGAACCUCCACCAGAGGAGGAGGAACAGUUUCCUGUAGAUGAAGCGCCUCUUGAAGAGAAGGAAGAAGAGAUACCCCCUUCUUCUCCACUGCUGGAAGAAGAAAAACAACUGGAGCCUGAGAGUGAGCCAGUGCCUGAAGAACCAAAGGAGCCCGUGGAUCCAGCAGUCCGAGCUAAGGAAAACUGGCUUCGACUCUUCAACAAAGUUCGACAGCAGUUACAGGAGGCACGAGGGGAGACAGAUGGGUCACAGUCACUGUGGUUUAAAGAAGGAAUGGGUGGAGCUUUGUACAGCAUUGACAGUAUGCCUGACCUGCGAAAAAGGAAAGCCAUCCCACUGGUCAGAGAUCUGGCAAUGUCUUUGGUUCAGAACUCUCGGAAGGCUGGAAUAACCUCAGCCAUGGCCUGUAGCACACUGAACAAUGAGGAACUGAAGAGUCAUGUAUAUAAGAAGACAUUGCAAGCUCUGAUCUACCCCAUCUCUUGCACCACACCACAUAACUUUGAGGUCUGGACGGCCACCACACCCACCUACUGUUAUGAGUGUGAGGGACUGCUGUGGGGCAUUGCCCGACAGGGCAUGCGUUGUACCGAGUGUGGGGUCAAAUGCCAUGAAAAGUGCCAGGACCUGCUGAAUGCUGACUGCCUACAGAGAGCUGCAGAGAAGAGCUCUAAGCAUGGGGCUGAAGACCGUACCCAGAACAUUAUUAUGGUUCUGAAAGACCGUAUGAAGAUCCGUGAGCGGAACAAACCAGAAAUCUUUGAGUUAAUCCAGGAGGUCUUUGGUGUCGUUAAGGCUGCUCAUGGCACACAGAUGAAGCAGAUCAAACAGAGCGUGUUGGAUGGGACAUCCAAAUGGUCGGCCAAGAUUAGCAUCACAGUGGUGUGUGCUCAGGGCCUACAGGCCAAAGACAAGACGGGCUCCAGUGACCCCUAUGUCACUGUGCAGGUGGGAAAGACCAAGAAAAGGACCAAGACUAUUUAUGGCAACCUCAACCCAGUGUGGGAUGAAAGCUUCCAUUUUGAAUGCCACAACUCCUCAGACCGGAUAAAGGUGCGAGUGUGGGAUGAAGAUGAUGACAUUAAGUCCCGUGUAAAACAGAGGUUUAAACGAGAGUCUGAUGACUUUUUGGGACAAACCAUCAUUGAGGUCCGGACCCUCAGUGGAGAGAUGGAUGUUUGGUAUAACCUGGAUAAACGGACAGAUAAGUCUGCCGUGUCAGGAGCUAUCCGCAUGCACAUCAGUGUGGAGAUCAAAGGAGAGGAGACAGUGGCCCCAUACCAUGUUCAGUACACCUGCUUACAUGAGCACCUGUUCCACUACACAACUGAGGAGCAGAAUGGUGGUGUGGUUAAGAUUCCUGAUGCUAAAGGAGAUGAUGCCUGGAAGGUCUACUUUGAGGAGACAGCACAGGAGAUCGUGGAUGAGUUCGCCAUGCGCUAUGGAGUCGAGUCCAUCUACCAAGCCAUGACACAUUUCGCCUGCCUGUCCUCAAAGUACAUGUGCCCAGGGGUGCCCGCAGUCAUGAGCACCCUGCUGGCCAACAUCAAUGCCUACUACGCCCACACCACCCAGUCCUCAAACAACGUCUCCGCCUCUGACCGCUUCGCUGCCUCCAACUUUGGGAAAGAGAGGUUUGUCAAGUUACUGGACCAGCUGCACAACUCCCUGAGGAUAGACCUCUCCAUGUACCGGAAUAAUUUCCCAGCCAGUAGUCCUGAGAGACUGCAGGAUCUGAAGUCCACAGUAGAUCUGCUCACCAGCAUUACCUUCUUCAGAAUGAAGGUUCAGGAGCUGCAGAGUCCUCCUAGAGCGAGUCAGGUGGUGAAGGACUGUGUGAAGGCCUGUCUGAACUCCACAUAUGAAUACAUCUUCAACAACUGCCAUGAGCUGUACAGCCGUGAAUACCAGACUGACCCAUCUAAGACGGUUCCACCAGAGGAGCAAGGCCCCAGCGUCAAAAACCUGGACUUCUGGUCCAAACUCAUCACACUCAUAGUGUCCAUCAUAGAGGAGGACAAGAAUUCAUACACACCCUGUCUUAACCAGUUUCCUCAGGAGCUGAAUGUGGGAAAGAUCAGUGCAGAAGUUAUGUGGAACAUGUUUGCUCAGGACAUGAAGUAUGCAAUGGAGGAGCACGAGAAGCACCGGUUGUGUAAGAGUGCUGAUUACAUGAACCUGCACUUUAAGGUCAAAUGGCUCUACAAUGAAUACUGCAAAGACCUGCCGUACUUCCAGAGUCGUGUGCCUGAGUACCCUGCAUGGUUUGAGCCAUUUGUCAUCAUGUGGUUGGAUGAGAAUGAGGAAGUGUCCAGGGACUUCCUGCAUGGUGCCCUGGAGAGAGACAAAAAGGAUGGGUUCCAGCAGACAUCUGAGCAUGCCUUGUUCUCUUGUUCUGUGGUGGAUGUUUUCUCUCAGCUCAAUCAGAGCUUUGAGAUCAUCAGGAAACUCGAGUGCCCUGAUCCACAGAUAGUGGGCAACUACAUGAAGAGAUUUGCUAAGACAAUUGGAAAUGUGCUUCUUUCUUAUGCUGAUAUCAUUGCCAAGGAUUUCCCCAAUCACUGCUCCAAGGAGAAAGUGCCUUGCAUCAUCAUUAACAACAUUCAGCAGCUGAGAGUUCAGUUGGAGAAGAUGUUUGAGGCCAUGGGAGGAAAAGAUCUUAAUGUGGAGGCCAGUGACUUCCUGAAAGAGCUUCAGGUCAAACUUAAUAACGUGAUGGAUGACCUCAGCAGGAUCUUUGCUGUCAGUUUCCAGCCUCAUAUUGAGGAGAGUGUCAGACAGAUGGGGGAUAUUCUGAGCCAGGUGAAAGGUGCUAAUGUUCCUGCCAAUGGCAACAGCAGCCUCACAGGGGAUGCUGAUAAUGUCCUCCAGCCCAUUAUGGACUUCCUGGACAGCAAUUUGACGCUGUUUGCUAAGAUCUGUGAGAAGACUGUUCUGAAGAGGGUUCUGAAAGAACUGUGGAAACUGGUCAUGAACACUAUGGAGAAAACCAUUGUACUCCCACCCCUUACAGACCAAACGGGCACUCAGCUCAUCUUCAACGCAGCCAAGGAGUUGGGCCAGCUUUCCAAACUAAAGGAGCACAUGGUCAGAGAAGAGGCAAAGGCUCUGACUCCCAAACAGUGUGCUGUCAUAGAGCUUGCACUGGACACCAUAAAGCAAUACUUCCAUGCAGGUGGAGUGGGUCUUAAGAAGACGUUUCUGGAGAAGAGUCCGGAUCUUCAGUCUCUGCGCUAUGCCCUGUCUCUCUACACACAGGCCACUGACAAACUCAUCAGGAAAUUUGUCCAGUCCCAGCAUGCACAGGUCCAUGGAGGUAAAGGUGUACGGUUCACACACAGUGAGGAUGUGUAUCCAGAGAAACCCUCAGGGGUAGAUGAUGCAGUGGGUGAAGUGUCCAUGUCUGUGGAGAUCUUCAAUGACCCCAAUACUGGAGGUCACAAAAUCACUGUUAAAGUUGUUGCAGCCAAUGACCUGCGCUGGCAAACCCAGGGAAUAUUCCGGCCUUUCGUGGAGGUGUAUAUUAUUGGACCUCACCUCAGUGAUAAGAAGAGGAAGUUUGCCACUAAAUCUAAGAACAACAGCUGGUCUCCCAAAUUCAGUGAAUCUGUUCAGUUUGUCCUGGGCAGUGAACUGGGCCCUGAAGGGUACGAGUUACAGGUGUGCGUGAAGGAUUACUGCUUCGCGCGGGAGGACCGUACCGUGGGCAUGGCCGUGCUACAGCUGAAGGAUCUGGCAUCGCGGGGCAGCGCGGCGUGUUGGCUUCCGCUGGGAAAGCGUAUUCACAUGGACGAGACUGGCCUGACCGUGCUUCGCAUCCUCUCUCAGCGUAACAAUGAUGACGUGGCCAAGGAGUUUGUCAAGCUCAAGUCUGACCAGCGUUCUGCAGAGGAAGGCAGAGGGAGCUAG